UACAUGGUAUCAGAGCAAGGUUAAGAAUCUAGUAAUUUUGCUUCACCGGCGGGCGGCAAUCUCGCCUUGGCCGCCCGCCGGACCUCAACCUAUUCCACGGCAGUGGUGGUAGUUGUUGCCGGAGUUUAGAUCCAGAAAACGCUUCAAAGAUCAUGGGUUACAUCUUCAUUCAAGAACCUGGUGAGAAGGAGAUGAUUCGCUUAGCCUGUGGACCUGAGACCCUCUUGUUAUCCCUCAUCAGCCAAGCCAAAACUCGGUUGGGACUUUCGUCGAACACUUCGUCUACACCCUCAACACCCUCCUCUCCUUCUCCCUUCAAUCCCAUGUCUAACCCCAACAACAACAACAGACCCAACCCAUUUCUCCAAUCUUCGCCAAGAAUCAUCAUUUCCAACAAUGGGUUUCACAUGAACCCUUCUUCUUCUCCUUCCUCUCCUUGGUCUGUUUCUGGGUUUUCGGUCAAGGAAUCGACUACUGGUCCAACCAUGAGCGCACCGGUUGGCUCACCAAACAAGGCGAUUACACCAAGACCUGGCGUCGCCACUGGUUCGUCCUCAAACAAGGCAAGCUCCUCUGGUUCAAGGACUCCUCCGUCACACGCGCCUUCCUCCCCCGCGGCGUCAUCUCCGUCGCCACCUGCCUCACCGUCAAGGGCGCCGAGGACGUCCUCAACAAGCCCUUCGCCUUCGAGCUCUCCACCGAUCGCUUCACUGAGAGUUGCGGCUGCCAAGAGGGACAACCCGGAGUUGUUGACGAGGUCACGGAAAAGGCAUUACCUCACUCAGGAGUCCUCAUGUGACCCACUUUACAAUAAUAAUACUAGCAAAAAAAAAAAAACAAAUGACAUGAUGAGCAGCAUACUCCUCGUCGGUCAUCUCUUCAAUGGGGACUUUGUUUGGAUUUUUCUCAGUCAGGAUAUACACCACCUUGAGGAGACUGAGGUAGAAAAGCACCUUGCCUUUCCAUCUCUUGAAAUGAGCUCCCUUGAACUGGAAGGGCUUGUUAAGAUCGCCGGUAUUCUCGUUGGGCUUCUCCAGUAUUGGCUCCAUGAACUUUUGCUAGUUGAAUCUCCUUAA